AGAUUCCAAUUCCCUCUUUUCUUUUUCUUCAUAUACCCUUCUCCAUCUCCAUCUCCAUCUCCAUCCUGCAACCCAAACCCCAUUGCUUAGAAACCAGAUUUCUCUAUUUCUAACUACCAUGACUGCUUCUGGUGGGAGUUCCGCAGAUGGCAAAAAAUCUGUGUCCGAUCUUGCUCCUUUAGAAGCUGUAUUUUUUGAUGUUGAUGGAACUUUGUGUGAUUCAGACCCCCUUCACCUUUAUGCCUUUCAAGUAAUGCUUCAAGAGAUUGGUUUUAAUAACGGCGUCCCAAUUACAGAGGAAUUCUUUAGUCAAAAUAUUGCCGGGAAGCACAAUGAUGAUAUUGCUGAAGUUCUCUUCCCCACAGAUGUUCCAAGGGGCUUGAAGUUCGUAGAGGAUAAGGAAGCAAUGUUUCGGAGAUUGGCCUCAGAGAAGUUGGAGGCUAUAAAUGGCUUGUAUAAAGUGAAGAAAUGGAUUGAAGAUCAUGGAUUGAAGCGGGCAGCUAUUCUUAUUCCCUCUCCUUUUUCUUCAUAUACCCUUCUCCAUCUCCAUCUCCAUCUCCAUCUCCAUCUCCAUCUCCAUCUCCAUUCUCCAACCCAAAACCCAUUGCUUAGAAACCAGAUUUCUCCACCUCUAAGUACCAUGACUACUUCUGGUAGGAGUUCCGCAGAUGGCAAAAAAUCUCUGUCCGAUCUUGCUCCUUUAGAAGCUGUAUUUUUUGAUGUUGAUGGAACUUUGUGUGAUACAGACCCUCUUCACCAUCAUGCCUACCAAGUACUGCUUCAAGAGAUUGGCUUUAAUGAUGGCGUCCCAAUUACAGAGGAAUUCUUUAUUCAAAAUAUUGCUGGGAAGCCCAAUGAAGAUAUUGUUAAACUUCUCUUCCCCACAGAUAUUCCAAGGGGCUUGAAGUUCAUGGAGGAUAAGGAAGCAGUGUUUCUGAGGUAAAAUGAAUGUAGAUUUUUUGUUUAAAGAAUGAACAAUAUUUUGCAAG